AUGCUAGCUGGAAAUGAUGACUGGCGCAGCCCUGAAGGUCACUUUAAAGGAGAGCUCAACAAACCGUCUGAUUUAUACUCAUUCGGACUGGUCUGCAUCUACGCUGUCCUCGGGCGCGUUAUACUAGGGCAUGAUGAUGAUUUCAGGCUACACGUGUCCAAAGGCGCACUACCUGCAUUGAUCCGCCUGCAGCGCCAAAUCUCAUAUUUUGGAGACAAGGAAGGGUUAAAUGGGCUCAUGAAGCAUGUUGGUGAUGAGGAAGCGAACUGUGAGAUUCUUGGAAUGCUUUGGGAAGAGCGAGCAGCAGAUUAUAUCCCAUAUGUGCCGUUCUCGGAGUGGACAGGCGUUGACUCGGCAUUCAAAGACUUGAUCCGAGGGUUGAACAAUCUGGACCCCUCACGGAGGCUUACAGCUUGCCAGGCAUUAGAACAUCCCUGGUUUGAGGGCGUCGAAUCCGCUUAG